CCGACCAGGUAGAGGAGGAAACACGAACUAGGAAGAUCAAACAUGGAUAUUGUCGCCAUUUUGAGUUGUAGGUCUUUAUGAGAGUAAAUUCCGACGAAGUUACAGAUCAAAAAACGACUAUUUCGCCCUCUAGGUUGGUCCUUGAUAUGAUACAUAUCUAAAAGCAUGAGUAAAAAGUAUCUGACCAUGGACAAGCGCUGGGCCCAGGAUGUGUUACGGUGUCCUCUCUGUGAGACCCCGGGCCCCCCUAUGUACUGUGACAUUUGUCACUUAUAUCUGUGUAAAGCCUGUGUGGGGGAACAUCUCUCUGAUCAAUCCAAAGAACACAAAGUGCUGCCAUUUAAAAAAAGAGGAUCUACUCCUAAAUGUCCAAAACAUUCCUCAAAUAUAAGUGUACUUUACUGUGAACAAUGUGACAUUCCUAUUUGUGCAACAUGUGCUUCCUCUAAAGAACACAGUGGCCAUAAAUUUAUUGAAAUAACUAAAAACAUUGACAUUAAGAAAGAAAUAAUUCAAAAAGAUUUACAAGAACUAGAGAAAUCCAUUUAUCCUAAAUACCAAGAGAUUGCAUCUAUUAUUCCAGUCCAGAAAUCUGCUCUGAAUGAAAACUCCCAGAAAUUAACAACAGAAAUCGACAGACAUGGAGAAGACUUGCACAGAGAAAUAAACACCAUUAUCAGAAACAUGAAAUCUAACAUGGAGGAAAUGGACACCAAACACCUGGCUGUCUUAGACAAACAGGAAGAUGAAAUUAAACACACCAUUUCUGAAAUCACACAGACCAUUACUGAACUGAAGACGUUACUGGACUCCAAUGAUGUCAGCCGUGUCUCUGCCUACAAAUCCAGGAAUGAUGAAUUCAGAAGAUUGCCUCCUAAACUCACAGUGUCCUUACCAAGUUUUACCCCUCAGAAGAUCAACAAAGAACAGCUUUAUCAACAGUUUGGAUCUCUGUCAGCGUCAUCUAUCAAAACAGAAGAACAUGGCUACACCAUGGAAUCUCCCGGUGCUGAGUCCUCUCCCCUGGACAGACCGCUCAUUGAUGUACCACGGAUCAUCACACAGAUAAAGACCAAGUAUGAACGAUUAUACAGUGUGUCCUGUCUGAGUGAUGAGGAGAUGUGGACGUGUGGUGAGGACAAAAUCAUGAGUCUGUACAACCUCAGUGGGAAACUAGUGAAGUCAGUCAAAACCAAGUCAGGGGACGUUCCACGGGACAUAGCAGUGACAAGGAGUGGGGAUCUAGUUUAUACUGAUGACAGAGAUAGAACUGUGAACAUAGUGAAGAAUAAAAAGAUAAAGACAGUGAUCAGACUACGGGGGUGGAUACCUCUCGAUGUCUGUAGUACCUCCUCUGGUGACCUCCUGGUUGUCAUGGACAGUGAUGAUGAUAAACAAACAAAAGCUGUGUGUUACUCUGGCUCCACAGAGAAACAAAGUAUUCAGUACGACGACAAAGGACGACCUCUCUUUUCAUCUGGUGAGUACACUAAACACAUCAGUGAGAACAGGAACCUAGAUAUCUGUGUGUCCGACUGUGGAGCCCAUGCAGUAGUGGUGGUCAAUCAGGUCGGGAAACUCCGGUUUACCUACACUGGUCCUCCCUCUACUACAGAGGGAUCAUUUGGUCCAAUCAGCAUCACAACAGACAGCCAGGGUCGCAUCCUGACAGCAGACAUUAACAUUAUGCACCAGUGUAUCCACAUCCUGGAUCAGGACGGACAGUUCCUCCGCUACAUUGACAACUGUCAUUUACACGGUCCACGGGGUUUAUGUGUGGACACCAGAGACAACCUCUUUGUGGCUGAGUACACAGGUACAGUGAAGAAAAUACAAUAUGUCUAGAACAUUACACAGCAGUGUAACAUUGUUUAUAUGUAUUACAUGUUGACAAACUGACUGUGUGUAUAUAUAUAACAUGUAUUAGCAUAAAGAUAAUUAAUUAUAUUAUAUAAUAGAGUCAUGCAUAUAAAAAUAUACGUCCAUUUAGUUCAUGUCAACAAUAUCAUUGAUUUGUUUAUCAUGUUUAUACAUCACAAUAACAAACUGUUUUAGUGUAGUGAUUGUAUUGUCAAUGAAUUAAAUGUUUAUACAUUUAAUGUCUAAACAAACUGUGUACAUUAUAAGAAUACAAUCAGAGAAACCUUGUUUGGUAUUUGUCAAAGAAAUCAAAACAUUUUAAUGUUGAUAAAUGACACUAAUGGUAAAUUAAAUAUCUUUGAAAAUUUUUUUUAGCUCUCCUUUAUAUUAAGGUAUGAGUUAAUUUCUAUCCUUUAAUAUAAGAAAAUAUAAAUCAUACAUUUUUCUUCUGUCAAACAUUAUCAAAGCAGAAAAAAUGAAGGUACAUGUACCACAUUUGUUGAACAUUUGAGUGGUGUUUAUUUGAUCUUUGUCCAUUAAGAUUUCUGUCACUGAAGAUUGAGUAACUUUUGUUUCUUACAAACUAGUAAUAAACCCUGCAGUUGUACAUUGUAUACCUUUAAUAAUGUGUUAUUACGUCUAAUAAAUGAUUUGUAAUCAACUUUG